ACAUCUCUUUACGACAAUAAAUUACCAAAAACCGUCGCGGUAACCGGAAGCACGUGCGAUUGUUGUUUUGGUGGAUCGUGUGUGUUGUCAGUACCAAAUAUGCCACGAGGAAGAAGAGCGCUGACACAGAGACCGGAGUCUGAUGACGAAUUCGAAACACCGGCAUUCCGAGACAUCGGAAAAGAUGAUCAGACGAAGGAAACUGAAGAAUCUGACAGCGAAGCGGAUCUUGUUGAAGCAGAAGAUUCUGUUGAAGAAGGUUCGUUAGAUGAUGAGGAAGAGUUGGAAUUAGCCCAUGAUGAUGUUGCCAGUGAUGAGGAUGACAGUGAUGCUGCUCCUGAGGAUGUCGGCUUCUCGGAGUCACGGGCAACAGCACUUUCCCAGAUGAAGCAGGCAAUGACACAGAUGAAAGAGGAAAAACUCCAGUUAAAAGCAAAGAGGAAACAGAGAGAUGAAAAGUUCAAAGAACAAAAGCGGAUAAAGUUGGAAGCGUUGUCUCGUUUGCCGGAUGAGAUACUGAACAGCCUUCCAGAAAAACUCAAUGAGGAAAAGAAGGAAACAGAAAAAGGAAAGAAGAAGAAGGGUGUAAAAAAACAUGAAGCCAAAAAACAGGAUCCAGACAAAAGGAAACAUGUGACUGUGUUUGAAGAAACAGAAGACUAUCUACCUCUUGAGACAGGAUUCGUAGACAGUGAGACUGGAAUAAAGGCUAUGCCACUGAAAGAUCUGAAGAAAAGAAUGGCCAUAUCUCAAUCUGCUGCAAACUUCAGGAAUUCUCGUCUCUAUGGAGACCAUGGAAGAAGAGAGUCCACUCAAGCAUAUCUAGCUAAGUUGGAGAAACGGAAAGCACGACGACAGAAGAGGUGAUAGCAAGAAUGCUGUGUUGUGGUUGCUAGGAGACUGUUGCUAGGAGGCAAGCAAUGACGGAGAUACCAAUGGGGAAGGUUGGACAGUGGAUGGCCAAGUGGUGAAAGUUUGCAUGUCACAUCUAAGAUCCAGGUUCAUUUCCCCAUUGUGAUAAAACUGUCUCAAACUGAAAGCCCGUGUACUGACUAUUGGUGUGGACUUGUUGAACACAUGAUUACUGGGCACAUGAUACGGAUCAGGCCAGGAACUGUACAACAUGAUUUGGCGUGAGACCAUGAUAUGUUAAGGGACCCACAGUUUAAUAUUUGGGGACUGGAGAGGGGUUGCUUUUUCAGUGUUAAGGGAUUGAUGUUGAUGGUAUAAUUUUCUGGUGACUCCUUCCAAAAUUUCGGACAGAAAUACAUUUUCCCCAACACAUUUUUUUUCAGAUGAACCAGGAUGUCCAUUUAAAAACGUUUUCGGGAAAGUGGGAGGAGUUAUACAAGAGAACAAAUUAUCUUUUUCCAAUGUAACAUAUGUUAUAUUUAUGAUUACUGUAAAGUACAGAUUGUAGUGCUUUUGUUAGGUCAAGUCCCCCAGGGAAUGGAAGGAGACUGGAAUGAUCUUACAUUAGAAAAUCCGAUGAGUUGAAUCUCUGGGAACCAAGUAAUAAAUUCGACUUAUCGAUGUAUUGAGACAUAGGUAUGUCUAUGAGGGUAGAAAAAACAUGAUCCAGUCCUAAUUCCUC